UUGAAAUUAAACAGUAGAGGGGAAUUGAGACAAAGUAAAGGUAUUCUCUCUUUAAAACCUUUCAUUGAAAUGAAUUCUAAUACAACAUAGGAAAUCUAUUCAUGUUUUGUACAAUGUCAGUUUUUUUUACCAUAAUGAGAAAAACAUUCCACAAGAUGAACAUUGACAACAAAUCUCUACCACACAAAUGUAAACUAUGAUGUGUCAUGUGCAGUUACACGAAACAAGGUAACUCUUCCACCACCACAAUCAUUAAUUAAUUUUCAAAAAGCUUGAAGAAAUCUACAUACAGAUAUAACAUUGUAUGUUACAAACGCUAAGACAUAACAUCCAAAUCAACAUUGUCAACAUUUAAACUGUCAUCAAGAUGCAUGGAAUCUGGUGUUACCUAUACCUUAUACAGUAAUAUGAAGUGUAUGUGACGAUCAUAGUGGAUGUGUACAUUUUCUUUUGAAGUUUGCGAAAUUUUCUUUUAAAUUUUCUUUUAAUUUUAUGUUACACCACACUGCUGAUGUCAGCAAAACAUCUAAAACAAACUUUGCCUAAGUGGAUUUCUCCACAGGCUUUAUCGACUAGUUGCAUCAUAAUUUUACGAUCUUGAUUACUGUGCGAGGUAAUGCGCAGAGAGAGAUAACUCUUGUUAUUUACCAAUUACAAUGAGUGGUUAAUCAGGCACUGAAGCUUAUCGGUUAUUAAUGGUAAACUGUGCUGGGUGACAGCUGUCAUGUAGAAAAACUUAUUUUGAGGGAAAUAAUUUUAGCAAAUGAUGUAAAAUUAUUAUCAAAUACUUUUGAAAGAGAGGGGUUGUUCUGUGAUGUCUGAGAUGACAAUGAGUACAGCAGCAGGAUUUUUCUCUUUAACAAAUGUUAAUGAUCACUCAUCUUCUUUUAUUUUUCGUGUUUUUUUCAUGUCAGACGUCAUUGCUGUUUCAAAAUUUUGUUUUUUCUGUUGUUGUUUGGAAACGAAUAGGAAGCCAUGUUGAGUGUUUUAAUAGAUACUUACAUACUUAAACCCUAGCCCUUUAUUGUGAUAGGAAAACAUGGUUUGAAAUGAAUUCUUAGACAUAUAUAUUUCUUGACUUAAAAUAUAUUUUCAGAUUUAAAAUAUAUUUCUUAAAUCUAGAUUUUAGUGACACCUGUGUCACUUGUUAUGUUUAUGGAAUAAAAUAAUAAACAAUAGCUUUUGGUGUUUUGAAAUUUCUUUCUAGUCAUAUAAUCAUUAGCAGCCAUGUGUGUUGGCCUUGUGUGUUGGCUUAACGCCAACAAAAUAUCACUGAACUCCAGCAAAACAGAGUUUCUUGUAUUUAGAUCCCAAUCUCGUAGGCUUGAAUUUUUACCUUUUUUGAUUCUAUGCAGUAAGCGCAUUUAUCCUAGCAAAAGUGUGAAAUACCUGGGUGUUCAUGUUGAUGAACAUCUUUCCUGGAAGUAUCAUGUCUCAUCUGUGGCUACUAAACUUCAAAGAGCCAAUGGGAUGUUAUCUAAAAUUCGUCACUGUGUUCCCCUAAAAUCCCUGCUAAACAUUUACCAUGCUAUCUUUAGUUCUCACUUAAGCUAUGCUUGCCAAGUAUGGGGCACUCGAGACACCACAGUAGCCCACAGAAUACUUACCCUCCAAAAGGCUGCCCUUAGGCUGAUCACCUUCAGUGAACCAAGAUCCCCAUCUUUGCCUAUAUUUGCAGAACUUGGAAUUCUUAAAUUCUUCGACCUAGUUAAAGUCCUUAACAUUCAAUUUAUCCACAAAUUCCUAAACUCUAACCUCCCAUCUGACACACUUACCUCACUCAAAUUUGAUCGAAUCUCACACUCUCAUGAAACUAGAUGUAACACAAUUGGUUUGCUUAUUGAACCAACAGUUAACACAUCGACGUUUUGAUCUUUUUCAUUCUCUAGAAUCUCCACAUUACAGUGGAACAAUCUGCAAAGAAAUUAUCCUAAUACUAACCUCACAAACUGUAAAUUAAGCACAAUCAAAUCCCUAGCUACAAGUUUCUACAUGAGUCAAUACAUCAACUAGCUUUCCUCUUCAUUAUUUUGUCUCAUUACUUUUUUCUAUUUGACUAUAUGGUACUGAAUUUUCAUUUAUACUAAUUAUAAUCAAUAAUGCUUUUUCAUUUUAAUCUUUGUAAACUUACAGUAUUUACUGACAUAUGAAAAUAUUUCACAUUUUUCUUGGUGGCUUUCUCCUUUGUUUAGCCUUGGCUAUCGGGAAAGUCUCCUUCCUAAUUGCUAAUUUAUUCUUUUAGUAAUGUAAAUUGUCAUUUCUUAGGUAAAUAAAUGUUUACUUUACUUUACUUUACUUU